AUGGCUAUCUCUAAGUCUGCCGCACUGGCGGUUUUUUGGGUCCUCUCGCAGUUUGUUAGAGGGCAGAACGUCACUGAUAAUCUGAAAUAUGUCAAUCAGCUGAUUGGAAGUGCCAAUGGAGGCAAUGUAUUUCCGGGCGCGACACUGCCAUAUGGUAUGGCAAAAGCUGUCGCUGAUGUUGACUCGGAAAGUAAUCAAGGCGGCUUCACGACAGAAGGAGGCAAUGUGACAGGCUUCUCUACGAUGCAUGAUAGCGGAACGGGUGGAAGCCCUUCGCUUGGCACUUUCGCGUUCUUCCCUUACGCAUCUUGCGCAGGUGGCGAUAUUAAUGGAUGCGCGUUUCCGAAGAAAGCACGCAAGAUUCAUUACAAGCCAGAGUCUGUCAAAGCUAGCCCAGGAUAUUUCCACAUCGAGCUGCAGAGUGGUGUCGCUGCUGAAAUGACGACGGCACAUCACACCUCUCUGUUCCGCUUCAAGUUUCCAUCUACUGGCGAUAGCAGCCCGCUAUUACUUCUAGACCUAACAGAUCUGAGCGAUUCACGCCAAGAUAACGCGACAAUACAGGUGGACGAGACAACUGGUCGAAUGUCUGGAAGCUCUCGCUUCAAUCCAUCAUUCGGAACCGGCACCUACGUGGCUUACUUCUGCGCUGACUUUAAGGGCGCUUCAAUACGCGAAAACGGGAUCUUUGUGAACUCUCGAGCGAGUGCGAAUGUGAAAGACCUGAAAAUAAACCGCUCCAUCAACGGAUACCCACUGCCUGGAGGUGGCUUCAUCCGCUUUUCUGAGAAUCCUUCUGAUGGUGUUCUUGCACGGAUCGCUGUCAGCUACAUCAGUAGUGAACAGGCUUGCAGCAACGCCGAAGCGGAGAUUCCGGACUUUGAUUUUGGAGCUACGCAUACUGCAGCUGAGUCCGCUUGGCGAGAGAAGCUCUCGCCCAUCACAGUUUCAUCAGAAGGUGUUGACUCAUCACUGGUCACGAACUUCUAUUCAGGCAUCUAUCGCACCAUGGUGAAUCCCCAAAACUACACAGGCGAGAACCCGAAGUGGGACAGCGGUGAACCGUAUUUUGACUCAUUCUACUGUUUGUGGGACAGCUUCCGCUCACAGCUUCCGUUCCUUACGAUUAACGAUCCGAAAGCGCUGACGCAAAUGGUUCGAUCACUCAUCGACACUUACCAGCACGAAGGCUGGCUUCCGGAUUGUCGCAUGAGUCUGUGCAAAGGGUACACACAGGGUGGUUCUAAUGCUGAUGUUGUACUGACCGAUGCCUUUAUCAAGGGCCUCACUGAUGGUAUUGAUUGGGAUGUAGGCUACGAAGCCGUUGUGAAGGACGCCGAGGUGGAGCCGUUCUUCUGGUCAGUGGAAGGUCGCGGUGGCCUGGACAGCUGGAAAUCUCUUGGCUACGUUCCCACACAAGAUUUCGAUUAUAAGGGCUUCGGUACGAUCACUCGAUCUGUCUCAAGAACCCUAGAGUAUGCGUACAACGACUUUUGCAUUGCUCAGAUGGCCAAUAAGCUUGGAAAAACUGAUGAUUUGGAGAAGUACAAAGAAAGCAGUGGUAAUUGGGAGAGCUUAUUCAGCAAGAACCAGACAAGCUUUUUCCGCAACGGAAGCGACACUGGUUUUGUUGGCUUUUUCCAAGGGAGAUAUCAGAACGGCACAUGGCACAACCAGGAUCCGUUGUGGUGUUCCACUAUCGACAAUUAUUCCGGCAAGUCUUGCUCUUUGCAAAAUACAGGACAGGAGACGUUCGAGUCCAGCUUGUGGGAAUAUGGGUUCUACGUACCCGGUGAUCAAGCCGCUCUGAUCGAUCUCUAUGGAGGUCGUGACGGAUUCGUCAAACGUCUCGACUACUUGCACGAUCAGAACAUCACUUACAUUGGAAAUGAGCCUUCCUUUCUUACCGUCUUCCAAUAUCACUACGCCGGUCGCCCUGCGCUUAGCGCCAAGCGAUCACACUUCUAUAUCCCGCGCUACUUCUCGCCUCAGAACGACGGUCUGCCCGGAAACGACGAUUCUGGAGCUAUGGGUUCAUUCGUCGCGAUGUCCAUGAUGGGUCUCUUCCCUAACCCUGGACAGAACGUAUACCUCAUUACGCCUCCUUAUUUUCCCUCUGUAUCAAUCAAAUCGCCUCUCAAUGGAAAGACUGCCACUAUACGCAACGUCAAUUUCGAUCCUACCUACGAAACCAUCUACAUCCAAUCUGCUACUUUAGACGGCGAACCAUACACAAAGAAUUGGAUUGAUCACAGCUUUUUCACAGAUGGCAAGGAGCUGGUACUUACGUUGGGAAGGAACGAAAGUAGCUGGGGCACGCAGAUCGAGGAUCUGCCGCCCAGCCUGAGCGAGUAUUCGGGUGGGAAUGGGACGACAAAUGGCACCAGCGGGAAGACUCUCGGAAGGAGAGAGAUUACUAUGCAAAUGUUGAAAGCGAGAGCGGGAUUGGGAAGCGUAGAUGUGGUGGGUUUGGGAGCAUAGAACAUAUUCAAGUGACAGUUGUGCAGUAGUGCGACCGUGGCUCGACAUACCUUUUCCAGGACUAGAUCUAUGCGUUUGACGAAUAAGCAGCUUUGAGCCUCCAAAUUGUGGUUGCAACCAUGGGUUCUUGACUCCGUUGUCAAGUUUAUGCUUUGUUGGUCCCUU